GUAGCACUCGAAAUUCACAUUGCAGCUGUUAAAGUUAAAACGUUAUUCACGAUAAAACAUAGAAGCUUAUAUAUCGAAUUAUCAAACGACUACUUUGUUCUGAUUUAGAAAGGUUAGAUUUAAAAUUUUUUUGACAACAUCAUAAAUAAGAUUGUGAAAUGCAGUUCUCUAACCUCUCUGAAUAUAUACAUAAAAGACAAAAUGUCCAUGCAUGAAGACCAUUUGGCUCAUCUGACCACUCUUGUCGUCAACGGAAGUCACUUAUUACACUCACAGCAACAUGGAGGUGUAAACAACAUGCACGAAAUAGCUCAUUCGGAACAUACUAAUUCAAAUAAUUAUAUGGGUCAUACUGGCAUGAAAUUCGAACACACUUCUGCUGACAGCUCAUGUUCAGUUCACACAUCCCAUGCUGCAAAUGCAAUGACGAUGACUUUUCAUGGAGGUUUUUGUGAAGUCGUCCUUUUCGAUGCAUGGAAAAUCUCUUCGCUUGCUGGUCUCGUUGGUUCUAUAAUUGGUAUAGUUAUUAUGGCUGCGCUUUAUGAAGGGCUAAAAUAUUAUAGAGAAUAUCUAUUCUGGAAAACUUAUAAUGCUUUACAAUAUAGAAGUGUCUCAAUGCCACAAGAAAAAACUAAUGAUGACAAUCGAAUUAUACAGCCAACUAUGUUGUCGUGGAUGCAUGCCUUUCAAACCCUAUUACACAUCACGCAGAUAAUGUUAUCAUACUUUUUGAUGCUGAUUUUCAUGACUUAUAAUUCUUGGCUAUGUGCUGCAGUAAUCCUGGGAGCAGCAUUAGGUUACUUUCUUUUUGGUUGGAAGAAGUCCGUAAUUGUAGAUGUAACUGAACAUUGUCAUUAACAAACAUUGUAUAAAAUGACCUUAAUGUCCUUAAGUAAAAUUGUAUAAAAAUUUGUAAGAAUUAAAAAAAAUGUAUUGAAAUGAAUUAGUUGAAAUUGUAAAUAAGUUUAAGCUAUUAUUAUAAGAAAAAAAUUUUUUUAAGUGGCUCCACCAGGACGGACCGCAUCACACAAGGACACCGUUGACAUACCUAUGUAUAAAUGACAUCGACCCAACUUAAACAUUUAUUAAAAAUAGUUUUAUAUUUGACUAAUCGUUCGAAAAUGAAAUAAUUUGCAUUUAAUAGUAGAAAAAUAACGAAAAAACAGUUUUUCACGUCGCUAUUAAACGAUUUUGUCUCUAAAAUACGAUUAAUUGUUAUGUUUUCUUUCAACAUUGUUAUAUUAAUUCGAUGACUAUAGUACUUUUUUUUUCAGAUAUAAACUUAAUAAUUAUAUUGGAUAGUAUUAUGGUUUUUAGAAAGGAUCUGUCAUUUAUUAUUAAAAUUAUUAGAAGAAAUACGAACGCAUAAUCCUUAUACCCUUCUAUGUCAUCGAUGUAUAACGACUUAACUUUGACAAUUCAUUUCUAUUUAUUUAUAUCGAUAACUAUACAAAUUUUUAUUUGAUUCUGUCAUAAGACAUAAUUUGGUGGAGCUAUCUUAAUUGGAUAUUAUUAGAAGGGGUCUAAAAAUAAUAUUCAUAAAAUACCUAGUAGUUAGUGGUGGUGUAAGAGUUUAAUUGUAUUUAUAUCUGGUUAUAAAGAAUUUCAUUUUUAAUAUAAUAUUUCAUUAUAUUAUUAUAACAAUAUGUACCAACUUAUUUGCUGUUCUUAUUGAUGCUACACAGAACCAACUUGUAAAGACUUUGUAAAGUACCAAUUUUGUUGAUUAGAAUCUCUAUUGCAAGAAUACAAUAAUCUAUUUUUAUAUAAUAUAAUGCAAAGUUUAAUGUACAUCAACUUUAAUAGAAACGAAAACGUAGGGCAUAA